GUUGAAGCUCCUUUUUUUCAGCAUUUUGUGUUAUGAAAUACAAAACCAGCUAAUUAAUAACUGUAUAAUGCGAUUAGGAAUUAGGAUUGUAUUAUUAUAGAGAAAACUUUAAAUACAAAAGAUAAUCUCAGAAACAAAAUAUUGGGAUUAAUUAUAGCAUUUAAUCAAUCAAUUCAGAUUGUUCUAGAGUUUACUGUCAACUUAGAUGCAUUAUUAUAUUUAUAUUCAAAUAGUUACUUCUCAGCUGUCAUGUGUUGGUAGUUUUCUGUGUGAAGCUUGUUUUUUUAGUGCUAGACAAUGAUGCUUUGGAUCAAGUUUUCCUUAGGAGUACUGUGGAAUAGAAAUGAAGCAAUUCCUGGAGCAAAAGAAACUAUAAAUGCUCUUCAAGAUAUGGGUAAGACAGUAAUCUUUGUCACAAAUAACAGUAGUAAGUCAAGAUAUGAAUACCAUAGGAAAUGUGAAGUGCUUGGUUUUAAAUCAAGUGUGGAUAGAAUAUUCCCAACAUCCUACUGUGUGGCAGUGUACUUGAAGUCCAUAGAUUUCAAAAAAAAGGUGUACGUCCUUGGAAGUAGUGGUAUUGCAGGUGAACUUCACAGUGCUGGAAUCCCUUUCCUACCUGUUGGUCCAGAUCCAAUGCCUGAAACAGAAUACUGGUAUAACUGGGUAGCAAAAGAGUUGAAAUUGGAUUCUGAGGUUGGAGCUGUAGUAGUGGGUUUUGACCAACAUGUUAGCUACCCAAAGUUAGUCAAAACAGUGAGUUAUCUCAAAGAUCCAAAUUGUGUUUAUAUAGCUACUAACAUAGAUGAACAGUUCCAGACAGAUUUGAAACAUCUAGUGAUUCCAGGAACAGGAGCUUUUAUUCGAGCAGUAGAAGCUGUGUCUGGGAGGACUCCCAUUGUCCUUGGUAAACCAGCAAAGUUUUUGUAUGAUUGUAUCAAAUACCAGUACCCAGACUUAGAUCCAUCGAAAGGCAUUAUAAUUGGAGACCGGCUUAGUACUGACAUCCUUUUGGGAAGGUCUACUGGGUUAAGGACGUUGCUGGUUUUAACAGGUGUCAGUGACCUGAAUGAAGUAGAAAGAUGCAGUAACAGCAACUGUGAAAACAAACAAAUGAUGGUUCCUGAUUAUUACCUUCCUAGUCUUGCUGAUUUAGGGCGACUAAUGGGAGUAAUCCAGUAGAUAUGUAUUUGUAAGCUUUGUUAUGGAACCAAGUAUAAUAGAUAACAUUUCUUGGUUUGCAUUGUGCUAAUUUGUUAUUACUUUUGCAUACCCCUACUAUGCAUAGCAUAGUAGUGUAUAUAUUAUUGUUCUUGUUUCUCUAUAUGUUAUUUCAUCACAGGUAUAUAGCUUAUUUCUAAGGAGUUACUUUUAUCAUAGUAUAUUAGUUAUUUCUGAAAAUGUCCCUAUUAUUGUACAUUAUAUUUCCCAUUAACUUUUCUGCAUGUUACCAACUCAGGGUUUCUUUAUAGUUCUUGGUACAGUGUAUAACUAUGCUGGCUUGCCUUGGAUUAGUAAAUUGUAUAAUUGUUCAAAUAUAUUUACAUAUUUGUAGUAAAAAAUAUUACAUUUCUUCCUUUAUUGAAAAUGUAUAUUUUUAGGAAGAAUAGACAAUAAUAGUUAAUUAGGUGUCUACUGCUUAAAAAUAUGAGAAACCAACUCAAAUGUUGACAUUUUGUAUGUCAUCAGAAUUUAAUGUGCCAUAACAUUGAUUAGGUUUAACAGUAAGGUAAAUUAAUGAUAGUAAAUUUAAUUAACUAUUAAAACAAUCUAAGAAUAAAUAUUAAUCUAUUAUUUACAUUACAGACAGAAUAAAGGGUAGUUUAAAAACUUUGUAUGCUUAGCACCUAGUAUAGUUUGUGGAAGAAAACUGGAAACAAUGUAUAAAAAGCUAAUUUAUAUUAAUAUUAUUUAAAAAGUGUGCUUAAAUUUUACUGUCUUCAUGGAAAAAGACUAUUAGUCAUUAAUAUGAAAGUAAGAAUUAAUACAAUUCAGACAGUAGCAAGAUGUACUUGCUUAAUUCUCCUGUGAAGUGGAUUGUUUUUUUGUAUUUAUAAUAUGAAAUACACAUUAUAAGAGUAAAAUUCCUAUGUAAAAGCAGAAGUGUAUUACUGAAACAUUAUUAAUAAAGUAUUAAAGGCAUACCAAUAGGA